GCCAAGAUGCUUCGUAAAAGCAUUUUCUUUUUUCUAUUUUCUUCCGUUGCAGGUUUUGAAGAUAGCGUCAUAGAUUUUUCUUUAGACUUUUUAAAAGCUAGAGAUGUAAAAUCUAUUUGCUUGCUAACUUGCGGCGAUAGGACUUGGAACCACAAAUUUGCAAAAAAUGCUUCGAAAAUCUCAAUUGCGGUUUCCCACGUUGGCAUCGACGAUUCUAUGACAGAUCUAGAUUCAAUAGGUCUAUGCCUAAACCCAGGAUUUUCUGGUGUUGGCGUUUUGAUUGAUACAAAAUGUCCGCUCUACGAAGAGGUCCUUAUGUAUGCAUCAGAAAAUCUCUUAUUUAAUGUAAAUCACAAGUGGUUGAUUAUUGAUAUUGAUACUUGGAUGCCUAAUAUAUCAACAGUUUCCAACGUUGAGAUUAAUGAAAAUUUUUCAUGGUUAUUGGACACAUUCGAAAAAUUAAAUCUGAGCGUAGAUGCUGAUGUCACACUAUCACUACAGAAAGGAUCUGAAAAUAACAUUUACGACGUAUAUAAUUUCGGAAAGCUACGAGGAGGUAAUGUUGUAGUGAAGAAACUGGGAAAUUGGCGAAACAAAGCAGAUUUGAUAAAUCAUUUAAAUAUUUACAAAUACUACAGAAGAUGGGACUUCGAAAAUUCAACAAUUAACUAUGUCGGAGUUAUGUCAACGCCGCCCAUAGUAUUUGACGUGAAUAUGCUUAUAGGGGAUACUCCGGCUCCAGGAGUCGCUGUUAUGACCGUUACAGGCACCAGAGUGUUGGUAGAAAUAGCACAACUACAUAAUAUUAGGUAUAAUUAUACGAUCGUUGACAGAUGGAUCGGGAAAUUUGAGAGAAAUACUACGCCGGUGGCUGCGACUUUAGUAUACUUAAAAGAACAAGACAUCACGCCGAUACUACGCGUGCCAUUGGAAAUUUUCCAAAGAGUGGACAUGGUGUCGCCGCCCGUAACUUCUAUUGAGACAAGAUAUUACUACCGUAUCCCAACCACUGGCCCCGGAAAGUUCGAGAACCAAUUCCUACGGCCUCUGACCAACGGCGUGUGGGCUUGCGUGAUAGCUGUGAUUUCUCUGUGCGCUCUGGUGUUAUUUCUGACGGCCAGAUCCGAAAGGAGACCAGCCGCUGUACAGUAUGCUGUAUUUUCUGUGGCAGCUACGUUUUGUCAGCAAUUUUUUGAAGAUGGUGGUAACGAUGAUCCAACACGAGAAUCGUCUGCUCGGCAGCUCACAGUUCUAGUGACAGGAGUAUCCUGCGUCCUCAUAUACAACUACUAUACCAGCAGCGUGGUUAGUUGGUUACUGAAUGGACCACCGCCUUCCAUCAACUCUCUUCAAGAACUCCUGGAAAGCCCACUGUCACUGAUAUACCAGGAUAUAGGCUACACACGUUCGUGGUUACAGAAUCCGACGUAUUACUACAACAAAAAGAAUGCUGAAGUGGAAGAUAAAUUAAGGAGGUUUAAAGUAUUUAAGAAGAAGAAGGGUGAGCCCUUACUGGUACCUUUGGAGGAAGGCAUUGAAAUGGUGAAAGCAGGAGGCUACGCAUACCACACAGAAGUAUACAACGCUAAUAUGUUAAUAUCUCGCAAGUUCAACCAGGAAGAGCUGUGUGAACUCGGCUCCCUGCAGUCUAUGGAAGAAACACACCUUUAUAUUGUCGUACCAAAGAACAGUCCUUAUAAAGAGUUCUAUAACUGGAAUCUUCUGCGCAUGUGCGAAACUGGCGUGGUCUCUCACCUUCAGCGUAAGGCCAGCAGUCCUGAGAUUUCUUGUGGAGGCAGCUCUCCAAGAGCGUUGGCUCUCGGCGGUGCUGCUCCAGCUUUUCUGCUACUCGCUUUUGGAUACCUUCUGGCUGCGGUCAUUGUUCUUAUAGAAAGGCUUGUCGCGAGGAACGAAUUAAGAUUAAUCAGAAAGAUAAAAGAUCGAGUACCAACUGUAGGGGCAGAACUAUUAGGUGUAGAUUAAGCAUUGCAUACUGACAGCUAGUAGUUAGUGAAAAGUAGUUCGUUGUAAGUUUAGUGGAAUGCUUUUAAUAAAACCUAGAUGAAAUGACAAAACGACAUUAUGCAAUAAACAAUGUGAUUGCAAACAAUUCUUUAUUUACUUUUAAGACCACUAAGUGGACAUCCAUACUUGCAUUUACAUAAAUACCUGCGUACCUGUAUGUAAAUAGGUCAUACCAUGCAUACAUCAGUAUUAACUAUUGUCACUAACUCAUAAAGAGAAUUUAACUUCGUGUGAAAAAUUACGAAAAUGAAGAUCAUCACCAUUAAAUUAUGUAUAAGUAUUUAAUACUGGGUGAUUUUUUUUAGGUGAGUCAAGAUACUACGAGAUCGUAUUCAGUUCAAUAAUCAUCGUGUAUCGUAUCUGAUUGAACUUUAGUAUAGGAAACCUAUAAUUUAUUUUUGCGAUUUCACGGUUGCUUUAUAAACUUAAUUGUUAGCUAGCUAGUUAGUUUGUUAGCUAGGCCUAACCAUCGGCUGAACAUUCGGUACCUGGCCAAACAACUAUCCGUUGCAUCUCUAGAAAUGACAAUAAUAAAUCUUCUGAACUCAGGAAGCGAUUUUUUGGUAUUUGAUAUGAGUUUCAAUUGGUUUCCUAAAAUAUUCUAACGUUCGUAUGUGUCGGAAACGCAACAAUAAUAAUAUAGUUAUUUGUUUUACAAGGGGGCAAAGUUGUUGUUUAACCGCUCGUGCUAAUAUUGAUACCCGAGCAAGCGAAAGAUUCCAAGAUUGAACCACGAGCGUAGCGAGUGGUUCGAAAAAUGGAAUCUUGAGCGUUGCGAGGGUUUCAAAGCACGAGGGUUAAACAACAACUUUGCCCCCGAGUGAAACACAAAAUUUUUCACCACACCAACCCGAAGCAAAUAUUAAAUGUAAAAUAUCAAACAAAAUCAAACCAGAUCAAAUCCAAAUGAAUGUUAUUAAAUAUUUAUCAUUUAAAAUCAUAAUUUAAAAGUCAAUUCUACCAGCAAACAUAAGAAAACAAUUCAAAUUUUGCAAUUGAUUACUUUGCCUUACAUGUGAAUAAAAUGCAACUUUGCUAUCAGUUUUUAAAGUGCAAAGUAAGCCUUUCCGAGCUGGUGUGGUGAAAAAAUAAUAACCUACCUCUUACAUACUUUUCACCGUGAGCUACUGCAUUGUUUCGUGUUCUGUUUAUUUAUUAUAAAUUACUCUUACAGAUGUUACUCCAUUAUUAUGAUAAUUUAUUAAAGUAUUUACAAAAGUAAGAAAAACAUUGUAUUUGUCGAACGAAAUAACAUACUGUAAAUUAAAUUUUUUACAUUUAUUAAUGAUAAUAUAUUAUAAACUAGCGACCCGCCGCCCCGGCUUAGCCCGGGUAAUAAAACGUAAUAUUGCACAAAUGCCUAUUUUGUUAUAAUUCGACUUAAGUGUUUAAUUUUACCAUAUAUUUGUUAUACAACUAUUCCCAAAUUGGAAUCUUGAGCGUUGCGAGGGUUUCAAAGCACGAGGGUUAAACAAAAUUUGCCCCCGAGUGAAACACAAUUUUUUUUUACCACACCAACCCGAAGCAAAUAUUACAUAAAUGUAAAAUAUCAAACAAAAUCAAAUUCAAAUAUUUAUCAUCCGAAAUCAUCAUUUAAAAGUCAAUUCUACCAGCAAACAUAAGAAAACAACUCAUAAUUUGCAUUUGAUUACUUUGCCUCACAUGUGAAUACAAUGCAACUUUUCUAUCAGUUUUUGAAGUGCAAAGUAAGCUAUACUGAGCUGGUGUGAUGAAAAUGAUUUUUUAGUAUUUAAGAUUUUUAUUAUUCUAUAUGUAUAUAUGUUAGUUCGUAAGGUAUGUAUCUAUGGGCCUUAGUAGCCUAUAAACAAAUGCUUUGAUUGAUUGAUAUACUUCCACAGCCAUGCGUGAACACCAACGCACGGAAUGACUUCACUGAUACGAAACGUGGGCUGAGAUCCGAGACAAACACCGAAGUUGGAAAUUGCGGGCAUUUUUCUCUUUUCCUCCAAUCAAGGCGUAAUUAGA